GUUAACAUCUGGACUUUGCUUACAGGUGCAGUCUCUGCAAGCCACGUUGGGGACUUUUGAGUCCUUCUUGAGAACCUUCCAACAUAAGCAAGAGCUCGCGGAGAAAGUCAUGAAGCAGGGGGAGAGCGAGAUCAACCGGAUCAGCGAAGUCCUGCAAAAGCUCCAGAACGAGAUUCUCAAGGACCUCUCGGACGGCAUCCACGUGGUGAAGGAUGCCCGGGAGCGGGACUUCACGUCCCUCGAGAACACGGUGGAGGAGAGGCUGACGGAGCUCACCAAGUCCAUCAACGACAACAUCGCCAUCUUCACUGAGGUCCAGAAGAGGAGCCAGAAGGAGAUCAACGACGUGAAGGCGAAGGUGGCCUCUCUGGAACACUCCGAGGGGGACAAGCAGGAGUUGAAAGCCUUGAAGGAAGUCGUGAAGGGCAUACAGGCCUCUCUGAAGUCCAGAGACAAGGACCUGGAGGCCCUGAGAAGCACCCUUCAGACCAUGGAGUCGGAUGUCUACACCGAGGUCAAGGAGCUGGUGAGCCUCAAACAGGAGCAGCAGAAGUUCAAGGAGGCGGCCGAUUCGGAGCACCUGACCUUGCAGGCCCUCACGGAGAAGGUCCUCCGGUCGGAGGAGGCCACCUCCCGCCUCCCCGAGGAGGUCAGCAGACUCGCGGAGGAGCUGCGCCAGCUGAAGGCCCAGUCCCUCGAGCCGGAAGAAGAUGGGGUCUUCAAAAACUCCAACGCCCUAGACGCGCUCCAGAGAAAGAGCCAGGGCUUGGACGCCCGGCUGCAGGCCAUGGAAGACGGGGUCCAGGCCGUGCAGAUGGCCUCCGCGCGGCAGAGGGAGAGCCUGGAGUCCCUGCUGGCCAAGAGCGAGGAGUGCGAGCAGCGCCUGGCCGCCCUGCAGCAGCGCCUGGACGGCCUGGACUCCUCGGAGGAGGCGGACAGGGGCGGCCUGGCCAGCACCGUGAGGAGCCUGGGAGAGGCCCAGCUCUCGCUCUACGGCGACGUGGAGGAGCUGAAGAGGAGCAUGGGCGAGCUCCCCAGCGCCGUGGACACGCUCCAGAAGGUUCAGGAGCAAGUCCACACGCUGCUGGGUCAGGACCAAGCCCAGGCGGCCCGCUUGCCGCCGGAGGACUUCCUGGACAGGCUGUCUUCUCUGGACCACCUCAAAUCCUCCGUCAGCCAGGUGGAGGCGGACUUGAAGAUGCUCAGGACUGCCGUGGACAGCUUGGUGGCCUACUCGGUGAAAAUCGAAACCAACGAGAACAACCUGGAAUCGGCCAAGGGCCUGCUCGAUGACCUGAGGAGUGACCUGGACAGGUUGUUUGUGCAAGUCGAAAAAAUUCAUGAAAAAGUCUAAAUGAAUUGUGUGUGCAGGGCGCGGUGGAAAGUCCAAUUUCUCAUGACCAAAAAAAAAAAAAAA